GGCUACUAAAAGAAUGAGAGUAACGAACGGUAACGAUACGAGACAAUCGCUAUCGUCAUCUCUCCAUGCCCGAGUCGAUCUGUUAAAGUGUUGAUCAAUCAAUCUCCCUUUUCGGAGAGAAUCUAUCGUUCCAAGCAUGCGAGCCAUUUCAGCAAGAGCGAAACGCAUAGCCUCGUUUCCACCUUCGCGCCAUGGCCGUCCGACUCCCAUAGCUUCGCACGGCCCGACGUGCCCAUCGUCCUCGUCGCUUCUCGACGAGUUCGCCGAGCACUGCCAUCAGAGAGACCUCUCCAGAGCCAUGAAGGCUAUGCACGCCAUGCAAAGGCAGGGUAUUUGGGCCGACGCCAUCACCUACUCCGAGCUCGUCAAGUGUUGCGUGGCCAGGGGUGCCGUCGAAGAAGGUAAAUCGGUCCACAAGCACGUUUUCUCUUGUGGGUAUCAGCCCAAGACCUACUUACUCAACGUCCUUCUCAACAUGUACGUCAGGUUCAACCUAUUGGAAGAUGCGGAGGGCCUGUUCGACGAAAUGCCCGAUAGAAACGUCGUUUCCUGGACGACGCUGAUAUCGGCUUACGUGAGUAAGGGCAUGAAUAAUAGGGCCUUGGAGUUUCUGAUUUUGAUGCUGAGGGGAGGUGUCCAACCUAAUAUGUAUACUUAUUCGUCGGUUUUGAGGGCCUGUGCGGACUUGGGGAUGCUUAGACAACUUCACAGUGGCAUAAUUAAAGUUGGCAUGGAGUCUGAUGUCUUUGUGCGUAGUGCUUUGAUAGAUAAUUACUCGAAACAGGGUGAGCUGCAAGAUGCCUUGGACGUGUUCAAUGAGAUGGUGACAAAGGAUUUGGGUGUUUGGAAUUCUAUUAUUGGGGCCUUUGCGCAAAAUAGCAAUGGCGACAAAGCUCUUGAAAUGUAUAAAUGCAUGAAGAGAGCGGGUUUCGCACCUGAUCAGGCGACUUUAACUAGUGUUUUGAGAGCGUCUACUGCGUUAGCAUUGUUAGAAGUGGGGAGACAAGUGCAUGUUCAUGUACUAAAGUUUGAUCGAGAUCUUAUCCUCAAUAAUGCACUUCUUGACAUGUAUUGCAAAUGUGGCGGUUUGGAGGGUGCAAACUCUGUCUUUAGUAGAAUGGCGGAAAGGGAUGUUAUAUCCUGGAGCACCAUGAUUGCUGGAUUGGCCCAAAAUGGUUGCAGUUUAGAGGCAAUGAGGCUGUUUGAACAAAUGAAACAUUCUGGUACAGAACCGAAUUAUAUUACCAUUGUAGGUGUUCUCUUUGCGUGCAGCCAUGCCGGGCUUGUUGAAGAUGGUUUGCACUAUUUCCGGUCAAUGAAAAGGAGUUUUGGGAUUGAUCCUGGUAGAGAGCACUAUGGUUGCAUGGUUGAUCUUCUAGGAAGGGCAGGGAAGCUGGAUGAAGCUGUUAAGUUGAUUAACGAAAUGGAAUGUGAACCAGAUGCUGUUACUUGGAGAACCUUACUUAGUGCCUGCAGAGUUCAUCGGAAUUCGGAUCUGGCCAUAUAUGCUGCGAAACAGGUGGUAAAACUGGAUCCAGAUGAUGCGGGUACCUACAUACUCCUGUCAAAUAUUUAUGCGAAUAACCAGAGGUGGGAAGAGGUCACAGAGGUUAGAAGGUCCAUGCGAGUAAGAGGAAUCGCAAAAGAGCCAGGAUGCAGCUGGAUUGAAGUAAAUAAGAAGAUACAUGCUUUUAUCUUAGGGGAUGACUCACAUCCACAUAUAGAUGGGAUCAAUAGACAUUUAAACCAGACUGUCCAGAGGUUAAUGUCGAUAGGCUAUGUCCCAGACACAAAUUUUGUUUUGCAGGACCUUGAAGAUGAACAGAGGGAGGCUUCACUUCAAUACCACAGCGAAAAACUCGCGAUUGCAUAUGGAAUCAUGAGCUUACCGAGAGAGAAGACAAUAAUGAUCAGAAAAAAUCUGAGGAUUUGUGGAGACUGUCAUACUUUCACAAAACUUCUGGCCAAGAUGGAGCAGAGGAUUAUUGUGAUAAGAGAUCCUGUCCGUUAUCAUCAUUUUACGGAUGGAGCUUGCUCUUGUGGUGACUUUUGGUGACAAAAUAUGUUGAAAAAGUAUCAAAAGCUUCUGUUUGCUGAACACAAGAAAGGAGGUUCUGCUGGGUGGAUAUCAGUGCUGGGCAGUAGCAAUUUGUUUCAUGAUCUACGUGAGUCCUUGUCCCUGAAGCUGGCCCUUAAGAUUACAGGACCAUCCCAUCUGAUUGCUAAGCAUACGUUUCGUUCAUUUUACACCAUGAGUGAGAUUGUUCAGAAGGUUGUGUCUUGCCUAAUUAUAAGUUGGCGAACCUGCCAUUCAUUUCACUUUGUAUGCUGUGUUGAUGGCCAUUGUCAUACUAAGAAUAAAAUGAAGUAAAUCUACUUACAAAUCAUCUUAAAGUUAGAAUACAUUAAAUCUAGAAACAAGACAGGAGAAUUCCGUAACUCCCUUGGUUUCAUUAAUCAGAGAUCCAUCGAUUCAUGGUUAGUACUUAAAUCACAUCGUCAUUUCGCAAUGUCAACUCUUAAUUCAUACAUUCUCUUUCUUGAUGAUAUUCGAUUAGUCUUUUGUUUCCCAAUGCAGAAAACAAGUUUUUGGAGAGUCAAGUGGAGUCGCAGACAUAUUUACUAGGUGGAAAAUGAGCUGUCUUUGCUGACAAUUCAGAAAGCGAAGGAAGUGGAUGCAGACACCGAGGAAGCGAGACUUAGUAAAUGAAAUGUAAAAAUGCCGACAGAGUAAAGGUGAGGAGCACAAAGUUGGAAGAAAAUGGUCCAGCAGUUGCUGUAGAAGAUUAGAAAGAUCACGAGGAUCAUCCUGUAGAGCGAACUGCUGUAUUCAUGGACGCUCAUAUAAUUUUUUAAGCAAGUCUACAUUGAAAACCAAUGGGGAUAUCUUCAGAGUCACCGAUGACAAGCAUCCUGAGGACGUGGCUAUGUCAGAAUACUCCCAUGCCCUGGGAACAUGAAGGGAUAGAUGCACCAGAUGACCAUUGCAUUGACUACCCAAACCAUAAAUGAGCUUUUCAAUCAAGUAACGAGAAAGAGUCAAUGGAGCGAGAAGUCUCAGCCAUGAUUGCAGAGUAUACAGGUCGCGAGAAGUUGGAGGAUGGGAGUGCUGAGGUUAAGCGUUCGUGCCUUGAUACAAGUGAGAACGAACUGGCUCAAGUUUAUGCAAGUGAUAGUGCCCCUUUGGAUGUAUUUCAAUGUCAUUCCAAGUUCUCAAGAUAUUGUGGCUGACAAUGCCGGAAUGCUGCUGCCAAAGCUGAAAUCGCCUCCGACCAAGAGUUCCGAUGUAAAAUCGGAGGAAAAUGAGCAUACCGGAGGGCUGUUGAUUGCUUGGCAACCCGAAGGACAAAAGGGAGGAGCAAUUUUCAUGGAAAGAACACCGAAGAAGCUGAUUGUAACUCCAGAUCGGAAAGGCAAUAUGCCCAGCAUGGGAGCAAGUUGGUUGCGCCACAGCUUCUAACACCAUGAAAAAACAAGAGAGCUUAAUGGAUUUACC